GCAAAUACAAAAAAUAUUGGAAUGCUUGAUUGUAAUUAUCUUAAUUAGUAUAGUAUCUAAACAAUACUUAUCGGAAAGUAAUCAUGUGGAAAAACAACUUUAAUUGAGACGCUUUCUGGUCAUCUAAACAAAGGUCUUUCUUAAUACUGGAGUUCCAAAGAAUUUGGAGUAUCAAAUAUUGAUUUAUAGUUUCAAGAAUUUGUUACAGAAGAAAUUGAUGAAAGAUUCAUCUUGGAGAUUUCAUAAUCAGACUAUCCAAUAAUAGUCAUAUUGACUUUUGAUAUAAACGAUCCUUCCAGCUUUGAUGAGAUUGUAAACAAUUAUUGCAUUAUGUAAAUGCUUAAGACAAUUGGAGUAUCUUAAGGAAGAUUUAUCCUCUUAGGAGCAAAGCAUGAUCUUAAAAAUGAAGUUUAAGAUUAAGAAAUUUCACACUUCUUAAGUUCGUAAUAAUACAAUCUUUCAUACUAAUGUGUAUCAGCUAAAAAUAAUAAAGGAAUAAAGGAACUUAAAUAGUCUCUUUUUAAUUUAGCUAAAUAGUAAAUAGCAUAAAUAAUCCCAAAUACUUCAACUGGAUCUAAGUGGUAGUCUAUGGAUGAAAAGCUUGAUGAAAGCUACUGGACUUCAAAUUAGAGCUAUAAUAGUUAAAAUAGACAUGUAAAAAUAGCUGAUAGGAGAUCAAAAGAAAUACCUUAAAUAGAGGAGGUUAUGAAUAUUCUUAAUUCCUACAAAAAUAAUUAUUUCGACAAUUAGUUAGAUAGCAGUUAUUAACAUGAAGAACAAUCAUUAAGCAGUUAAUAUGAGGAGUAUACUGAAACACAGAGUUCAUAAUCUGAGAAGUUGCAUAAUGAGCACAUAAAUUCUAAGGUUUCACAAUAUGGAAUAGAAUGCAAAUAAGAAUUAGAAGAAUAGUAGGAAAAUUUCUAUGAUCUAAUGAACAAAAAGGAGGAAUACUAGUAAGUUAAUGAUUUAGAAUAAGAAGAAAUCUAGGAUAAUACGAUAAAAUAAAUUUGCUAAAAUCCGCUUGAAAAACAAUAAAUGAUAAAUGUUAGCAAACAAAUUUAUGAGGAUGUUGAUUCUUAACAUUAAAAUUGUAGUCCUAGAACAGUAAAUUAAAGUAAAUAAUAAAUUGUUUGCGAAUUAAAACAUGAAUUAAUAUAGAAGUAGCAAACAGAUUUGGAUAGAUAUUUUGAAUAAAUAGGAAGAAAGGCUUAAAGCGUAAACAAAUUCAAUACGAUCAACUCAAAUAGCUCCAUUUCCUCUUCUUAUAGUAGAAUAUAUGAUAAUAAUAAAAAAAAUAAUAUAUAAAAUAGUCAUAGAAGCUAACAGACUUAAUUGGUUGAUAACCAUGAUUCUUCAUGCAAUAGUGAAAAGUGGGAAAUUGGUGUAUUAGAGCAAAUAGACGAAAGCUGUUAAAAUAAAUCAUAAUAAAAUAAUUAGAUUCUUGAGGAUAAAAUUAAAUAAUAAAAUCACCUCUAUCCUAAAAAAGUAUAAUAAUCAUCUGUGAUGUCAGAAACAGGCCGUAAUUUGUAAACUAGUUAUGAUAAAAAAAAUGAAAAGAUAUAUGCCAAUCCACUAAAUAAUCUUACAAACAGAGAACGAUCCAAUUUUUAUUAGAUAAAUUAAUCAGAAAUCGAAAAAGAUUCAUAAGACGAAUCUUUACAAAUCGAUGAUUAAAAAAAUAAUUUAUUUUCAGAAAUGAGUUCAUGUCAGAUCAACCAGAUCCAUUUUCAUCAAAUCCAUUCUCAUAAAUAACACAAAGUAACAUAGUCUUUGUAUUCAGAAAAAGAAAACUCAUUUGAAAACAUUUUUCAAAAGCAGAGAAAUUAAACAGAACUUAAUAAAUCAUAAAUUUACUAAGUUAAAAUAAAUUUAGAAAAGAGCUCUAAAAAUGAUAAAAUUGUUUUUUAAGAAAUUUAAAAUUACAAUAAUAAAAGUAUCAAAAGUGUAAAAAAAUCAAUAACAAAAAAAGAUUAAGAAAGUUCUUCAAAUAAAUCAGAAAAAGAAAAUUUUAGCAAAAAAUAAGAUAAAAAAAAUGAACCAAAUAGCUUUUAAAAGAAAAAAAACACAAAAUAUUUGAUGAGUCUUUGUUUGUAGUUUUAAGAUUAAUAAAUUUAUAUUGAUGUACUUGAAAACGAAUCAUCAUUUGAUAUUGCACACUAAUUCUGUAAAAAAGCUAAUAUCCUUCCAACCAUAAAUCAAAUUAAAAAAUGCUAGAAGAUAAUAUAACAGCAAAUUGAGGAAUAUACAUAAAAUCUUGACAGAAAACUUGAAAGUAUAGAGAGAAAAGUGUUAGAAUAAAAAGAAGAAAAAUUCGAAAGUUUAAUGAAUCAAUUCUUAAAAGAAAAUAAGAAUUUCUUAAUGGAUGUAAACAAUCCUGAUGUUUAUGAUUCUAACUUUAAAUUAAUUUCUAAGCUUAAUUAAAAUUUAUUAUAAAACAAUUUAACUAAAACAACAAAUUUAUUUAAUUAAUAAAAUAAAACAAAAACUCCUACAAAAACCCCAACAAAAUCUCCUUCAAGAACCCCUAAAAUAACUCCUACAAAAGUACCAAAAACAAAUCUAUAUGUCAGAUCUAAAUCACCCACUCCAUUAUUUAAAAGUACUUGCAAAAUUUGA